AUGGCGCCGAAUCUAAAAUCAGUCGUUUCCAGAAACAUUCGCGAUCAUACCACAAGAACAGUCCUCAGAAAGGCCCUAGAAGAAAAAGAUGGAAAGUCCCUGAAGCAAUCACCAGAGACCGCGACUAUGGUCCGCGACUGGGAGAGUCUCGGCCAGAAAAGGGGAAGGCAGAGUCUGGAGAACCAUGAUAAGGCUAUACAGGAAAAGAAGCCAGAUGUUGAUGGUAUGACGGAUGAGGAGCUCAGUCGAAUCAGCAUUCAUAUUUCUUCCGUUGAAGAAGAAUCUGGAGAAGAUUCAGAUGAGAAGAUGAAAGAUGAGGAGACGGCCAAGUUUGACGAGUACAAGCAUCAUCAAUUUAUACACAGAUGGGGUUUAUUUCAAGACUCGGAUGGGCGCGAUGAAGAGUGGUUUAUCCCUGAUCCGCCUGUCCUUGAAGAAACAGAUCCUGAAUAUCUGUGCGAUAUGUGUCGACACAUUGACUUCAAAGUCCUUCUAUCACAACGAGGCUUACCGGGGAAUCAACUACCAGGACAGUCCCGCAUUUCUGUUUAUGGCAUUCCAAAGGUCAUGGAUGAGAAUAGUCAUUGUUCCUUCUGCAGACUCAUUCGAAUGAGGGCUAUUCAUGAUGGAAUACUUACGGAUGUGCACCCUGAUGAUUGGCCGGGGAUGCAAUUGAGCAUCAGCACUUUGGAUGAUGGGCCAGGGUUUCCUCUGAGGCUCCAGGUGGAAUUCUCGGAUCUUGAUCGUUUAAAGGUUUCAAGAUUGGUGAUACAUCCAGUUGAAUCAGUGGAGAGCCAAUCAAUGCCCCUUCAGGGUCUUCUGGUUCGCAAGGAUUCUGCUGAUAUGUCUCGCCUUCGAGGGUGGCUCCAGACAUGCAACAAGGAUCAUAAAUCAGCAGAAACUGACUCUAUUGAAUAUCUCAAGCCUCUCAUGGGCACACUACGAGUCAUAGACACGGUUGACAACUGUGUGAAGGAGGUCGACACACCAUGCGAUUAUAUCUGUCUUUCUUAUGUCUGGGGAACUGGAAGUCAGACACAAUACACUACCAAAACAAGAGACCAACUCAGUAAACCUGGAGGUCUGGGGAACGUCGAACUUCCGCAAACGAUUCUUGAUGCUAUCAAGGUUACAAAAGAGCUCGGUAUCCGAUACAUCUGGAUUGAUGCUUUAUGCAUCACGCAAGAUGACAAGGACGACAAAGCUAGGAUCAUCUUCAAUAUGGGGACUAUAUACGCUAAUGCUGUUUUAUCCAUAAUGGCCUCUUCUAACGUCAAUCCCACAGACGGAUUGCCUGGAGUUGGUAUCCCUCGAUCACAAGAACAGAGCAUAGAGAAACUGCAAGGGAUCACCUUAGCAGUGGCAUUCCAAGAUGCCAGACAGAGGUAUUCUGAUAUCGAAGAUCGACUAUGGAACACCAGAGCAUGGACAUUUCAGGAGAGGGUACUCUCAAGACGAUCAGUCUAUUUCACCAGCUCGCAAAUGUGUUUCAUCUGUCCACACGGAGCCUGCUUUGAAGACACAGUUCCUGUUUCGGGCCCUAACUCGUACACAAUCGUUCCCUUCAACGACCAGCUACAACUAACAUCCCGAAUCCACGACUUGUGGAUUCGUAUAUGGUCAGAUCCAACUCAGGCCGCGUAUAUCAACAAAGCCUUCGCAACCGAAGAUGACAUGACGAUUUUUGUCGGCGAAGACCCAACUACUGGCGAAGCUUCAGAGGAUGGCGCUCCAUUGUACAAAUCCAAAGCCAUCCCGAGCUCAGAUACAAUCGAUGCACCUCUUAUCAAGGGGCAUACACUCUGGGAAGCGUACGCUCACGCUGUUGAUGCUUAUACAAAGAGAAACAUGACGUGGCAGUCCGACGCCGUGAAUGCCUUUAUCGGUAUUGCAGACCUUAUCCGCCGGGGCACAAACACCAAGUUCUGGCACGCCAUGCCGGAAUUUGCUCUCACAAGAUCUCUCUUAUGGUACCCCAAAGAACCCCUUUCUCGAAGACGAUCUCCAGAUGGAAAGAUAUUGUUUCCCAGUUGGUCUUGGGCAGCUUGGCAAGGUCACGUCGCAUAUCGUGGCAGAGGUUUCCAUAACGCCGUGUGCUAUGCGCCAGCUAGCAUGAUAAUGUGGCUGAAGUCAGCUACAGUUGACGAAUUCAUGGAAACUUUUGUACAAGUGGAGAGAACGCAGGAAGAAAUUGACGAGAGGAGACAACAAGCUGAGAAUUCGCGGCUUUUGUUGCACAAGACUGAUCUUUGGUCGCUUUUGCAUAUUGACUGCUACGAGCAUGGGUGGGCUGUUGAGCACAAUGAGGAUCGGAAUCAGCAUCUCUUCGUACACGAGGCAUAUCCGGGCAUGCGAUUUGAGUUUCCGAUUAAUCUUCCAGAUGAGCCUAUCGUGGAGUUACCAUUUGAAGAUACCUUGUACUUUCGCGCCAAGGCCGUAUCAGUGCGGUUAUGCGACAAGCCAUCUGAGUGGUAUUUGGCAUCGCCUAUACAAGACAAUUUCAUCCAGAUAGGAGUCAGCGAUGAAGAUCGGUCAGCCAACAACCGUCGACCGUGGCAGCGUAUCCUCUACCAUCAAGGCUAUCGCGCUGGAAGUCUAAGCCUCAACGUCUCACUUGAACAUCUCAAUAUCCCCUCAACAGCUGAAGAGGUCCAGAAUUCACCAGUGAAGUACAUCCUAGUGGCCAUAUCUCGUGAUAGUCUUCCUUACGUUGCACCUCCCCCCAUUGGCUGGGAAAUGUACUGGGAUGGUGAUCCGAUGAGAAUGCAGUACGAGAUUCUUCAAGAAGAGUGGCUACAGCGCAGCCGCUUGCCUGAGGGACCUGAUGAGAGCGUGAAGCCAAGUACUGAGAAGGUUAAUGAGACAGGGGAACCACGAUGGGAUCUAGGUCGCUUUGGAACUACCAGUGUCUUAGAUGUUUGCAACGUGCUGUUGCUUAGAGAGGCGAGGGAUGGGGUAUCUGAGAGGGUUGGUGUUGGGAAGAUCAAUUACUCCGCGUUCUUUGGUGCGAAGCCUGAGCCUGAUGUAUUCUAUUUAAAAUGA